AUGGCCGUACCAAGAGAAGCUGUCUCGCGAAUCACAACAAGCACUAUCGCAGGACAAAGUCAACAGCAGGAUACAACACUCAGCCUCCAGCUGCUGCAGAACAAUAGACAGCAGAUAUUGCCCCAACACGAAAUGUCACCAUCUCCUCCCGUGCGCGACAGCAAACGGGACGGGCGUGGCUCGAGUGCCACACGCGGAAGUCCAGAUCCCGCAUCAAACGUGAACACCAUCGAACCCCGGACCACCUCAGUAUCAGUGCUGAACGCCGCGUUCUACGUGGAGGUCUUGAUGCUCACAGCAAUGCAAUUGUCAGCAAGAAGUAACAGCUGCUCCAUGCUGUGGAAGCAGAUGUUUGGCGACCUCGAACCCCUCGAGCUUCAAGUGGAUCUUGACAACUCCUUGCAACGAGAUCGACAUUGGCAAGCGAGCCCUCGCUCAAACGACGGCAAGCCCCACGAGUAUCAAGGUCCUGAACAGGCGACAAGAGUAGAGACGGAGAGCUUGACGUGCCAACCUUGA